AUGCUCAGACGACAUCGACUUCACCCUAGUCUACGCACUACACACAUUCCUAGCCACAGUAGACGGACAAGCGUCGUCAAAGGCGACCGACUCACCCUGCUCGACGACUCAAACUCAUACUGGUGGCUCAUCCGCGUACUCAAAACACUCGCCGUCGGAUACAUCCCCGCCGAAAACAUCGAAACACCCUUCGAACGCCUCGCCCGUCUCAACAAGCACAGGAAUGUCGAUCUCUCCUCCGCCACCCCCGUCGAUGUCCAAGCAGGCGCCGCCUCAUCCCUUGCCCAGACCCGCUUCUCCCAACGCAUCCCCAGCGCCGGCGAUCCCACCUCGCUCGAAUCGGAAGAAGCCGCCAAGUCGCCCAGCGGCUGGGCCAGGCUCCGGCUGGCUGCCCGCGCCUCGGCAGACUCGCUCCGCGGCGGCCCGGGCAACGCGAACAAGGACGACUCGCGCAGCCAGCUCGGAAAAGGCCUGUCGCCCGUCCAGCGCGCCCAGCUCGACUCGCCCCAGGCAGCCAACACCUCCUUCUCCAAGGAGGCCGUCUCCGAGCCCGCCCGGAACAUCACCCAGCAGGGCCCACUCGCCAACGGGGGGCCCAAGAACGCUUCCACCCUCUCCAUCGACAGGCUCGCUUCCACUUCCUCCCUCCCGCUCAUCCCCCAUUCUCAAGCCGAAACUAAAAAACUCACUCUCACGCCGGAUAUCGCUCGCGAUACGGCCGAUUACUCCAUCGAUGCCUACCAACCCAGCCCUUCUCGUGGCUCCCACCUAACCCGCCAACGAUCCACCUCGGCAUCCUCAUCCGAGAGUCCGUUGCGACAGCUGGCCAGCAAGCGCAUGAAUGGCGAGCCAUUAUCGGCCUCCCUCGAAGCCCAUUCGACCGACUCGCAUACCGCAGAGGACGGCACAAAAGGCUCGUCCAAGCAGACCAGCAGUACCAAGAAGGAGGAGAAGAAGAAAUCAGGCGGCCUGCUCAGCGGCUUCUUUGGGCGGAAGAAGGACAAGAAGGCCAACAAGUCCGAUCCGCUGGAUGACACCCGAUCAUCCUCCCUCGAACACGACCGAAACCGCUCCUCAUCCCCGCUCAGCCCCUCCGAACACUCCGUCCGCUCCCUGACUUCCCCGCAACAGCACACCGACGGAGGAUCUUCUCCCGGUGGACACGCCCGGCGUAUGGGCUCCUCGGAAAACGAGGACCUGUUCUCGACGGACGCGGCGCUCAGGAAGCAGCACGAGGAAGCUCAGGAGGUCAUCCAUCGCCAGCAGAGUCUCUCAAGGGAGAUCAACGAGCUCAAUGGGGCUGGUCACCACCCGCAGAAAAAGCCCAGCUAUCCCCCGCUCAACUCCAACGUCCCGUCCCCCAGUCUCGGCCUCCAUUCGCCGUUCUCCCCCGGCAGCUCCACGGCCUCGACGCGGCUUGCGUACUCCCCUGCUGCUGCUGCUGCUGCUGCUGCUGCUGCUGGAGGGGGAGGAGGAGCGGGCAGGGUCCGUCCGGGCAGUCUGAUCGGCUCGCCCGGGAUCGCCGGGAUGGACGUGCCGAUGCUCAACGUGCUCCGGAUCUUUGCGGGCGACAACGUGGACUGCGAGGCGACCUUCAAGACCGUCCUUCUCAGCGCCCAGACGACCACCCAGGAGCUCGUCGUCCAGGCCCUCCAACGCUUCCACGUCUCCGCCACCGAAGACGACCGGGCCAGCUACUACCUGACGAUCAAGGACGUCGUCUCCGGCGAGGAAACCGUGCUCGAUGACCACCAGACCCCGCUCGGCUUGUUCGAGCUCAUGAACGAGGCCCUCGGCCACUCCGCGCUCCAUCUGCCCUCCGUCAAAAGAUCCUCCGUCGGAUCCAUCUCCUCUAUCUCCUCGAAUCUCUCGCUCAAUCCUGCGAUCUCUAGGCUUGGGAUGAACGACUUCAGCGACGACUCCGCCGUCAAGUUCCACCUCAACCGCUAUCCCCAACCCUCCGACCGAAGCCACGCUUCUCUUCCCGCUAGUCACUUUAAUAAUGGGAUGGUCCCGCCCGGGCGGAAGCAGGAACGCACGGGCUCGCUGGCCCCGAUCCAGGAGGACGGCGUCGCCUCCGCCCAUCGCGACCGGCCACCACCACCCGCCGCCACGCUCGCAAGCCCGUCCUCGCCUGCCUCGCCGGCCCAAUACGAGGCCGGGAACCCGCCGAGCGCGCUCUCGAGCGCCGGCUCGACCGACUCAUCCUCCGACCCCCUCAAUCUGUCGCCCUGCGCAUCCUCGCCUUCCACGGCCACUAUCACCUCCUCCUCCCCCUCGCUGCGCUUCGCGAUGCGCGUCCGGAUCUAUUCCGCGGACUUGCCCGAGGGGCUGGUCUUCGACCCCCAGUCUAACGCUAUUAUUCCUCGGGUCGUCUUGCUCGAACGCACCUACCGCUCCUCCUCAUCCCCCUCUUCUUCCGCGACGACGACGACGACGACCUCGACGACUUCGUUCCGCGAGAAAGUCAUCAUCUUCCCCCGCAACAUCCACACCUCGGAGGCCAUCGAGCAUUCCCUCGAGGCCUUUGGGAUCGCCGAGGGCGUCGUCGACGGCGGCGACGACGUCGAUGAUAAGAUCUCCAAACGCAGGAGCUCGUCCAAGAUCCGGUACGGGUUGUCUAUGAAGGCGCCUGACUCUCCAACAGAAGUCCUCGAGCUGAAUUCGCCUCGUUCCACAGAAGUGCCGGUGAAUCUGAUCUCGAAGGUGUUGGAUGCGUACAGCGUCCCGCCGAUCUUCCGGCCAGCAGACCGGACCUCCAAAGAGGCCCGACGGAGGUCGCAAGAGUACCACCCCUUCGUCCUCGGCACCCUCCAAGACCUGCAGCCCUCGGACCCGAUCUUCAGCCUGCGCCGCGCCCUGCUCCAUCACCCUCCACCCCGCAGAGACCAUCCGCGGAACUCGGCGGGCGGCCUCGCGGGGGCGGUUGCCGACGAGCUGGGCCUGCUCCAAGCUGCCAAGAAGGCCCCUUCGCGCCCGGCGCCCUCGGCCCAAAGCUCGUUCAAAACCGCCCAGGAAUCCAUCCACUCGGUCGAGUCUGGCUUGCUCAACGGCACCCCCCCGGUCGUCUCGCCCGCCCCGCUCACCGUGCUCUCCACCCAGCCCAACGCCGAUGAAGGCAUCGACAUCAACCUCCACAACCAUGCGACGAUCCGCAGCAGACGCGGCGACGACCUCGACGGCGGCCCCGGCGCAGGCCAGCGCCACAGCUAUCGCUACUCGUACAUCGAUCCGAGCGGGGAAGAGUUCGACAUCAGCUCGCUGAUCGAGAGCGAGCUGAGCAGCGACCCCGGCGAGCCUUCCCAUCAUCACCCUCAUCAGCAGCAUGGGAAGAGCGAGGUGCAGGAGAGGAGGAGCCACGGCCCUCGGACGGCCAGCCCGUCGACCGAGGACGGCUACGCAAGCGCGCCCGAGUCCCCGCUCUCGUCGGUCAACCGGCUCAGUCCCUCGGUCAUGCGCCAGCUGCAGCAGCACCAGACGGACGACGACUCGGCCAUCGAGGCCCUCCGCGUCGCCGACCUCACCAUCGACCAGAUGCCCCCCUCCAGACAGACCUCCCGCGACUUCAACCACGCCUCCGACGACCUGCUCGCCUGGACCGUGCGCAGACAGGGCCCCCCGGCCGAGCCCAGCCGAGCAGGGGGAGCCGCGCCGUUCUUUGCCGAGGCGCUGGACAGCCGGAUCCAGCGCGUGCUCUCCAAAGUCAACGCGUCCACCCAUCCGCCAUGGAAGCCGUCGGCCGAGCAGAAGCCCUCGGCCGGGAUGGAGGAGACCCUCCUGGGGCGGGGGGAGGACGGGGGGGCGCCGAGCGCGGGCUCGUCGGCCCGGUCGAACUCGUCGAGCCUGGAGGACGCCGACGGCAGCGCGUCGCCGACCACCCCGCUCACCGCCACCUCGCCCACCGGCGAGUCGUCGUCUUACACGCCCAUCUCCUCCGCCACACGCGGCGGGGGCAUCGACUCGCGGCUGUCGAUGCAUCGGGAGGCGCUUGGGCCUCCGGCUGCCGCGGGCCCGGUCGUCGGACGCGCCGCUGGGCCGAAAGGCAUGGGCCCGGCGUGGGUCCCGCUGCUCUUUCCUGCCUCCGCCCCACGCGCCCUCCUUCCGCCCUCCUCCUCCCCCAGGCCCGAGCUCCAGCACGACGGCGGCGCCGGCUUGGACGUCUUGUUCAACCUCGUCCUGCUCUCCGCCUCCCUCGCUGCCGCGCCCGAGCCCGAGCCCUCGACGACGACCGCGUCGCGGCCCAACCCCAGGGCCUGCAAGCCCCCCGCCCCGCCCCUCUGGCUCGCCCACCCCGCUCUCGCCGCCUUCUUCGACGAACCCGCCUCCGCUGUCGCCGCUGAAGGCGUCGCCUGCGGCCGGCUGCCGGUGGCUGCCGGCCGGGCCGGCCUCCUGUCUUCGAAGGACUCUUCCCUCCACGACUCGUCUCAGCUAGACUCGUCCCAGCAUGACUCGUCCCUCCAUGACUCUUCUCAGCAAGACUCGUCCCAGCUAGACUCGUCUCAACAAGACUCUUCUCAGCAAGACUCUUCUCAGCAAGACUCUUCUCAGCAAGACUCGUCCCAGCAGGACUCGUCCUCCAGCUCCGCCGCCGCCGGCAUGUCCGCCAGCACCGGCGACUCCGGCGCCCUGCUGGCCGACGACAUCGCCGCCUUCCUCGGCCACUCGGCCGCCGCGCUCGACGCCCUCGACGGCACCCUCGACCGGCUCUUGCGCGACGCCCUCCUGCUCUAG